ACGGAAAAAAACACAUACUGAAACUUUUUAGUCCCUGUGUAAUAAGUUUAGUAAAUUAAAAUGUUUUCCAAAAAAGCUGUACAACCUUCAAGCAAUAAACCAAGAAAUAAAGAAUUAGAAAACAUGUUGGGUCUUGGAAUCCCAAACUAUGGCGAUGAUGACGAUGAUGAUGAUUCACUUUUAGCAGAACUAGCAGCAUUGGAAGGAAAAUCUGCAGUAUCAAAAAAAAAGAAAGUUGCUAAUAAAAAGGUAAUGAGCAUGGGAGAAAUAGAUAAUCUUGCCGCAUUUGCUGCACGCAAUAUUGAAUCUGAAAAUGAAGACGAAGAUGAUAAUAUUGAUGAAAAUGAUUUAUUGGCUGAAUUAAGCGAGUUAACUGAAAAUCAAGAAAGUCAAGAAGAAUUACCCAAAGAGACAAUGAAAUCGAAUAGCUCUAUUGGAAAAUUAAUUUCUGAGAGAAAACAAAUGUACACACUUGCUCUUACUAAUGCAAAAGCAGAAGGGGCUUCUUCUAAAGUUAGGAGAUUUGAACGUGCUUUAAAGGAUAUUGACACCUUGAUGAAGAAGGUAUCAGCUGGAGCUGUAGUCAAUGAAGAUGAUAUUCCACCUCCUGUUGCAAUAGGUGCAAGUAAAUCAUUACAAGAUAAUGCACAACUAUCUUCUGCUGAUUCUCCAGUUGUAUUGUCGCCUGUAGUUUCACAAUUAUCUGUUAAUUCUCCAGUUGUAUUAUCGCUUCCAGAAAUAAGUACUGAGAUUAAUCCUGUUAUAGCAGAGAAAUAUAUUGCACCUAAACAGCCUGUUGAAAGUAAGAAGUUAGAUGUAGAGUCUCAAUCUACAUCAAUAAGUAAAGAUGCUGAAUCCCCUAUUGAAUAUUCAAAUGUAACUUUAGAGACUUUACUUACACGCCAAAAAGAGUUUAAAGUUGAGGCAUUAAAAAGUAAGCAACAAGGUGAUAUUGAAAGUGCAAGAAAUUAUUUAGCCAUUUCAAAAAAGUUUGAUAUUGUCAUUGAAGCUUUAAAAUCUGGCAAAGAAAUUGAUCUAAGAAACAUGCCUGAGUUGCCUAGCUCAAUAAAGCCAACUCCUACUAUCACUCAAGAGUUAAAGCAAGAAACUUCUGUCCCUUCUUCUUCAGAUGCUGUAAAAUUGAAUGAUGCUCCUCCUGCACCUGUUACUAUAAUGGAUGCUUUAUUGCAGCGUCUUGAAAAAUACCAAUCUUCUUUAAAAAGUGCUGAAGAGGAGAACAAUUCUGGUAAAGCACGAAGAAUGGGGAGAAUCGUCAAGCAAUAUAAAGAUGCCAUAGAAAACUUCAAAAAAAACAUACCUAUAGAUUACAAUGAGUUACCUGUUCCACCUGGUUUUGCACCUAUACCUGGUGUUGCACCUAUACCUGGUGUUGCACCUAUACCUGGUGUUGCAACUUCUGUGGAAGAGCUGUCUACUCCUCAGUUGCCUGCACCCCACAAUGACAAUCAAAUGACCCCUCAAUGUCAAUCAAGUUUGCCUGAAGCAGCUCCAACUUUUCGUAAUCAAAAAGAGUAUGAAUUUUUAGUUAAUCGUCAGAAAGAAUUCAAAAUGGCAGCUUUAAAUGCUAAAAAAGAAGGAGAUAUUGAAUCUGCAAGAGAAUAUCUAAAGCAAGCAAAAGAAUAUCUAAAGCAAGCAAAAGGUCUUGAUCAGAUGGUCAUUGCUGCGCAAAAUGGAUUGAGAGUUGAUGUAACAACUGUUCCACAAGUAAAACUUAAAAAUAAAUCUGGUACCAAAAACGAACCACCAAGUAAUUAUACUCCAAAAGAACCUGCUUUAAUAUCAGGUUCUGCUGAAGACAAAUAUAUGAUAAUUGAAAAUGCUCUAAGGAAGCAAAUAGAGGCUUCUGAAAAAAAUGCUGAACAUUAUAAAUUAUUGGGUAACUUAGAUGCUGCAAAAAAUUUUGAAUCAUUACUAAAAAGUUCAAAGAAAGAUUUAGAAACACUUUUACAGUACAAAGCCCAAGGAAGCAUUGUACCUAAUUGUGAAUAUCAGAUGCAAUCAUUUCCAAUAGUAAGGUCUAAUCCACACUUGAGUGACUCAGAAAUGGAAAUUAAUAUCAUUCGAUGCAUAAAUGUUCCAAUGCCAGCUGGUUGGCAGCCAAAAGAUAUGCAUAUCUAUGUCACAUUUGAGUUUCCAAUACCUAAAGAAAAACCUCAGACUGGUUGCACAACUACUAAAAAAGACACCAUUAAUCCAGAAUUUAAUGAAUCUUUCAAAGUUGCAAUUGACAGAAAAAACCAAAGUUUUGUAAGAUUAUGUAAACGCCAAUCAUUGGUUGUUAAAGUUAAUCAUGUCAGAGGUUUCCUAAAAGCAGACAAAGCAAUUGGACAAGGCUUCAUAAAAUUAGAGCGCUUCUCAAACAGAUGCGAAAUUCAUGAGUCUGUUGAUUUAAUGGACAUUGAAAAAGGUAGAAAAUCAGUUGGUGGAAAAAUCGAAGUUCUUUUAAAAAUUCGUGAACCUUUUGUUGACAAAGAUGCUGAAAUUGUGACAGAGAAAUGGCUAGUACUUGACACACAUCUACGUGGCUUGAUUAUGAACAUGCCGAGUUCAGAUCCGAUACAAAAUAGUUCAAAAGCGAGUACAGCGUACGAAAGUUUAGAGGUUUUACAGUAUGAAAAAAAUAUUUUAGAAACUCAGGCUGCAGCGUAUAAAGCUCAAGGAAAAGCUAUUCCUGCUUCUCUGCAACCAAAAAUAAAGGAGCAUCAGCAAAAAAUGCAAGAAAUAACUAUUAAAAUAAAAAGUGGAGGCAAAUCUGCUGUAGAUGAAUACUUAAAAAAUUUGAUCAAAGGUAUGGAAAGUGAAAAUGCUAAAGCUAGCCAAGCGUUGAAGCAAAACGACAGGGAAACAGCUAAAGCAUGUUUGUCUAGAAAAAAGCUGAUUGAAAAAGAGAUAGGUGUAUUAAAACAACGUCUAGGCAUUACGUGAAAGUGUAAUGGUGUAUCGAUAAAAUGGUACUGUUAAAAAUGCAUCGAUAAUAUCAAAUUAUUUUCUUACAUCCUAAAUUUUGUUGUAAUAAUUAAUGAGUAAACAGUUGGUUUAUAAAUUGUUUAUGAUUUGUUCUACUUCCUUUUUGUUUGCUAUUCAAGAAAAUGCCGAUAGGAUAACAUUAUCGACAAUUAAAGUCAUGGAUCUGAUUAUGCUAUAUUAAGCUAUUUAUGCACUAUAUUAGGGUUGGCAGUUGCUACUAGGCAAUCAAUAUUUUUAGUUAUAGAGUAAAAAUAAAUUUUGCGUAGAAAGUUUUGAAUAGUUAUCUAUUAGAAAUAUUCUAAAGAUAUGCUUCUUUAAAAUAUCUUAGACAUUUUAAAGUAGCAUUAUACAUUAAAUAGAUUGCCCCUGGAAAAAUAUGCUCUGUAAAAAUUGUUUGAAAAUGUUUUUGUCACGAAUUAUAACGGUAUGUUUAUUAUUAAAAAAAAUAAUUUUAAAAUGUUAUAUGUGUGUAGUUGCUUACAUAUUGGUCGUGUAUCAUUGCAUAUGCAUAUUGUGUAUGCUUAAAGGCGCAGAGAACGUGUAUAGAUUUAGAUAGUACACAAGAGUGUGUUCUAAAUGUAAAAACUUGGAUGCAGAAACCAGCGGGAAAACGAAGAUCUCAAGGAGAAAAGUGCUGAAUCAGUGUUUCAUGUCGUUUUAUUGGAAAGUCUACCGCCCGUAUAAAAGUAUGGUGUUCUUAGCUAUAAUGGUGGUACUUAGCAAAAAAAAUAUCGAAUUUGGCAAUGUAAUUAAUUAAUAAUAAAAGUACCGGUUACCGGUCACGACUUUAAACUGGGAGAGCUUUAAAGACAAAGUCUUAAGUGCUGGUGUUUUGAUAAAUGCAUUUUAAUGGGAGUUGCGAAUAAACCGUCUUGC